UUUAGAACCAGCGUGCUUCUUGUUAAGUUGAACCAGACUGUGAAGUCUCCUCGAGUAAUCAAACAAGCAACUGAUCUCAUUGCUUAUAUUUACAUUGUUUAUUUUCGUUCAGUACUAAACAUUUUUAGUGUUGAGUAUAGCUUGCAAACGCGAUUGUUAUAUUUAUUCGUUCUUGCGCUCAUUUGCGUAAAUCACGUACAUCAGUGAUGGAUUUUCUUUGGUUCGUGUGCUUCUCCUUGACUUUCUGCGCCUGGUGUGUGUCCGCGGAACGGCAUAGUGUACUCUGGAAUAGCACGAAUCCCAAGUUCAUCUGGGACGACUACACGGUGUCUGUGCGUAUCAACGACUACCUGGACAUCGUUUGCCCGCACUACACGCGCGGCGAGAUCCCUUCCCAGGAGGCCGAGCGGUACGUGCUGUACAUGGUGGAGCUGGAGGACUACGAGGCCUGCAAGCCGCAGUCCUUUGACCAGCUGCGCUGGGAGUGCUCGCGCCCCUUCGCCGCACACGCCCCCGAGAAGUUCUCCGAGAAGUUCCAACGCUUCACCCCCUUCACGCUGGGCAAAGAGUUCCGCGUGGGAGAGAGCUACUACUACAUCUCCAAGCCUCUGCACCAUCGUGGCCAGGAGUGCAUGCGUCUGAAAGUGGAUGUUGUUGGCAACCAUGGACAUCAUGACUCAAAGCACAACAACAACAAGAAGACAGCAGAGAAGGAAUUAGAGAAGGAGAAGAAUGUUGAGAUGGGGGCAGGUGGAGGAGUACACAACCCGUCCAACAGACUACCAGCUGAUGACCCCGUGGCCAUGGUCCCUGUGGUUCAGAGGAGUGUUGGCAGUUCAGCUAUGUCCCUCUCCUCCAUCUCACUCCUCCUGACAUCCCUCUUUGCACUCCUCACCCUUCAGCUACACUGAGACCGCCUCCAAAGAAAAGGAGAAACAAAACUGAUCUGGACUCCUUUGGAAAUGGUUCUGAACCAGUUUCAAACCGGUUUUAAACUGGGACUGCACCACAUUGCAGAGACUGAAGCGAGCGCGGGUCGCUGUGCACAAAAAAAAAAAAAAAAAAACGAACAAAAUUUUUAUAUUGAAGCUUUUUUUUUAUAUAAAGGCGAGGUGUCGCCAGUGAGACGAGGUGUUUUGCUUGACGCUUGAUUGAAGUGUUUUCUGUUUGCUUGUUUGCCAGUGUGUGUGUGUGUGUGUGUGUGUGUGUGUGGAUGUGAAAGAUAGUGGAUGGUAUGAUCCCAAGGAAACAAAAGUAUUUUUGAAGGAUUUUUCCCUCUUUCUUUCUAUGGAUUUGACCUCUUUUUUUAUUGUAUUUCUUGAUCCCGUUUUUGUGCGGACACAGCUUUGUGAAAUGGACGACAGGAGAAGUAUUCUUUCAGGCAUCAACUUGACUUCUAAAGAAAAAUAAUUAGUGGACUCUAAAACUGGAAUUUCUCAAGAACAUAACAUAACAUGUGUAUCCAGGUGUAAAAAAAAUAUCAAUAUCUAUUUGUACCUCUUGAGCCAAAGGCCACUGUUGUAAUUCAUACGUAUGUUAUUGUAUCACCCCUACAUGCGCCGUAUGGCCGAUAACACACACUUCAGUGUCCCCAGCCUUUACUCCUGUCUAAGUGUAGCAUUUGUUCAGUACUCUGAGCGGUGGCUGUCUCUUGCAUCGUGUCCUGCAUCUUUUAUUGGCGGAGUGUAGCUUGCAGUCUAGUGUCUACUGUAAAGCACACACACACAUUCACAAACACGCAUACCAACACGCACACACACACACACACACACACACACACACACACACACACACACACACACACACACACACACACACAUACACACACAUACACACACAUACAGACAUACAGAGAAAAAGACCAUGGUAAGGAACUGGUCUUUUUUACCAUGACACAUACCCACACACACACACACACACACAAACACACACGCCCACACAUUACCGGUACAGUGGUUCAUUUUGUUUUUCAUUGUGGCCACAUUGCAUUAUCAGACACAAUUACACAUGAUGCCAACAUCGAGGUGUUCUUUGGGAUGCCGUGAUGUAAACACUGAAGCAUUUGACAAGUGCAGAGUCUGUUUUUGUUUACUUUUUAUUUUUUUCAUCCAGUUGUAUAUAUUGUAAGUUUUGUAAAUAUGAAAGAUUAUAAGACGUAUGGUUAUUUGUGAAAUAUUGAAAAUGUGAAAAACAAAAUGAAAUAAAAAAAACAAAAAUGUUGAAAUAAAA